AUCAGCUUGGCGUAGGCUUCUCUUCUUGACCACCAACAACCCCAAAAAACUUGAGAGAUGGCACCCAAGAAGGCCAAGAGGAGGCAGCAGCAGCAGGGAGAGGGUGGAUCCUCCAAUGUGUUCUCCAUGUUUGAGCAGAGCCAGAUCCAGGAGUACAAGGAGGCUUUCACAAUCAUUGACCAGAACAGAGAUGGCAUCAUCAGCAAGGACGAUCUCAGGGACGUGCUGGCCACCAUGGGCCAACUGAAUGUGAAGAAUGAGGAGCUGGAGGCCAUGGUGAAGGAGGCCAGCGGCCCCAUCAACUUCACCGUCUUCCUGACCAUGUUCGGCGAGAAGCUGAAGGGUGCUGACCCCGAGGACGUUAUCGUGACCGCUUUCAAGGUCCUGGACCCCGAGGCCACUGGCUCCAUCAAGAAGGAAUUCCUUGAGGAGCUCCUGACCACCCAGUGCGACAGGUUCACCGCUGAGGAGAUGACCAACCUGUGGGCUGCUUUCCCCCCUGAUGUGGCUGGAAAUGUGGACUACAAGAGCAUCUGCUACGUCAUCACACACGGAGAGGAGAAGGAGGAGUAAAAUCCACCUCUCUCAAGAUCUCUACCACCGUUAAAACCCCGCACUCUACCCUCCAUCUACUCACUCCCCUCUUCUCCGACCACGCAGCUUCCUUGCACACUUACGCGCUCCCGGCCCGCUCUUUCCGCUUGCCAGCUCACUACAAAAAGACUUGUCUCAUUUAUUGAGAUACUCAGUGAGAGGACUGAAGGCCGUGUGGGUUGUUUGUGUGUGAGCACCAACAGGGGGACAUGGGAUUAUUUUCAAUACAAAAUAAUCUUGUGGCACCGAAACACUCUCUCUAUCUCUGUCCCGGCCUGUUGUUUCUCCUUCUUUUCCCCCAUCAUUCAUUCUGUCCUUCUGUGUUGAGGCCAGCAGUGCGUGCAUCAUACCUACAGUGCAUGCAGCGUGUAUUCAUAAUGCAGUCCGGUGUAUACAGCGGUCAGUCAGAAGUGUCUCUUGGGUGCUGUGGUGCAUGCACAGUCACUUGCUUGAAACAAGUAAAGCAGCCUGGCCCAAGUGGUCUGUUAGUCUCAACCUGACAUAGAGUGUUUCUUGGAUUUGUCCCUUUGUUUGACAAUAGAGAGGAGUGCACAGUAAAAGAGCGUGAGUACUGAACUAUAAUAGUUUGCCUACCCCACUCUUAAAUCCGUCGCUCCUUCUCUCAAACACAGGAGGAAAAGUUGCAGUGAAAAAUAGGAAAACAUGUUUUUUUUUAACUUUAAAAUCUUGUAAAUAGGGAAAGAGAUGGUGAAAGAUGGUGAGUGGGCAGCAGGAAGGAAAGUAACAAAAGUAAAAUGUCUUUGUUCAUGAUUCUUCCUCCUCCCGCUCACUGCUGUUUCCUUCUGUUGUGACUGUGUUUGUCUGUAACGAAUAAAGAAGUCCAAAUAAAAAUCCACCGUCUUUCGUA